GCUAUAUAUUGCGCGUAUUGAUCGACCUGCAUCUGCAUGUGAGCCUGAGGAAGGUUGGAAUGUGAUUUGAACUUUGUCAAGCCGGGACUGUCAUUUCGGGGUAAGAUCCAGAGAAAUAGGCCUAUAUGUAUUCUAAAAGUUGAAAAUGGAAGGAAAUCAAGAAACAAAGGAGGAUACCUCUAAACCUACACCUACCGAUAAUGGAUGCGGGAACUCGGCAAAUAAAGAAGGUGAUAUUGAAAUGACCGUCAAAGCUGAAGAAGAGAAAGCAUCACUCCCAGUCUCAAUGAAAGCGAAAAACAAGGAUUCUAAACAAGUUGAUCAAGUUGAAAAUGAUGGUGAUAUUGAAAUGACCGUCAGAGCUGAAGAAGAGAAAGCAUCACUCCCAGUCUCAAUGAAAGCGAAAAACAAGGAUUCUAAACAAGUUGAUCAAGUUGAAAAUGGUGGUGAUAUUGAAAUGACCGUCAGAGCUGAAGAAGAGAAAGCAUCACUCCCAGUCUCAAUGAAAGCGAAAAACAAGGAUUCUAAACAAGUUGAUCAAGUUGAAAAUGAUGAUGCCAUUGUAGGCAACCCUGUACAAAGCGGUCAGGAGACCUCCAUGGAUGUGUCGCAAAAGAAUAACCAUCAGUGCUCCUACUGUGAUAGAGCAUACUCUUGUAAAGGCGCUCUGACUAAUCAUUUGAAAAAACACACUAAAGGGAAACCCUUUGAGUGUACUCAAUGCAACAAAAGAUUUUCCCGCUAUUAUCAGUUUGUCACACACACAAGAUCCCACUCUGCCUGGAUUCCCUGUACAGUCUGCCAGAAAACAUUCCGCCUGGAAUCCGCGCUUGACUUGCACUUCAAACGGCAGCACAUGAAUUACGAAGAUCGACAAUUCAAGUGCAGUUAUUGUGAUAAGAGAUUUCUAUAUAAGUUUGCGCUGAAUAUGCAUGAAAAGCGCCACACACAGUGGUACGAAUGUUCACGUUGUGGGAAGAAAUACAGAUAUGAGGAAAGUCUGAAACGGCACCUUGAAGCUCAUGAAGAGGAUAGGAAGAAGCCGUUUCAGUGCGAUCAAUGCUCCAAAGGGUUCUUUAAAAAAGGUUCACUUGUUGCCCAUCUGAGAAUACACAGCGGGAAGGAUCUUGCGCAAUGCCCGCAUUGUGAUAAAACGUAUCUCAACCGGUCGCACCUAAAAUGUCACAUGAUGAAGAAGCAUAAUUCUAAACGAAUUAAUUUUCAAUGCCCCAGGUGCAACGCAAGCUUUGUUAAGCAGCACAGUCUUGACACUCACAUGUUUAAUAAGCACGGUGAAGGAAAGCCUGGCGAAACACGUAGCAGGUGCCCUACACUUACAUGCUCGAUUUGCAGUGAAGUAUUCCCGAGCAGGUUCAAACUUGCUGCCCACACGAGGGAAAAACAUCUUGAUACUAAACCAUUCGGGUGUUCUGUUUGUGUUAAGAAAUUUGCGUGUAAGUCUUACCUUAACAGCCAUAUGAAAUACCACAGUGGGAAUAAGCAGCAUCAGUGCGACCAAUGUGGUGAGAAAUUUUAUGAGAAGCAACAUCUGAAUAAACAUGUAAAGAGACAUACGGGAGAGAAGGAGCAUCAGUGUUCCGUUUGUGGAAUGAGAUUCUAUGAAAAGUACCGUCUCACCAGUCAUGCUAGAACCCACACUGGAGAGAAGCCGUAUGCUUGCUCGCUCUGCGAUAAAAAAUAUGGGCAUCCUAGCGACCUGAAAUAUCAUGUACGAUCCAUCCAUAGGCCUACUGGAGAGAAACCCUUCGAGUGCUCACAAUGCAACAAAAAGUUUUACCACCGAAAAAUCCUGAAGAGUCAUGAACAAAUACACUCUGAAGACAAACCCUUUCUAUGCUCAUACUGUGGCAAGACUUAUAGAAAAAACAGUUAUUUGGAGAAGCACGUGUUGACACAUACUGGCAAGAAAGACUAUCCAUGUGCUCUUUGUGAUAAGAAAUUCAGUAUGAGAGGCCAUCUUAAUCGUCACAUGCGAAAGCACACAGGCGAAAAGCCUUUUAAGUGUCAAAUUUGUGGGAAGACGUUUGCUCAGCAACCUGCUAUUGCGAUGCACCUCAGAGUCCACCGCAAUGAGAAGAACUAUCAGUGUGUGGUUUGUGACAAGAAGUUUUACAGAAGAAGCCGUCUUCGAAGUCACAUGACGACGCACAAUGGGGAAAAACCUCAUGUUUGUUUGCUCUGUGGGGCAAGGUUCACUCAAAAAGGAAGCCUGAAGGACCAUCUGAGAACGCACACAAAGCCGUACAAAUGCAACAGCUGUCCCCAAAGAUAUGCUCAAGAAAAAAGCCUCAAUAACCACAUUGCAAAAAAGCACACUGGCGAAAAGCCCUACAAAUGCCACCUUUGCGGUGAAGGUUUCAAUCUCAAAAAAGUUCUGGAUUGUCAUAUCAGAAGGCAUGCAAGGCCGUACAUUUGUGACUCUUGCCCCAGCAGAUGUUCCAGCGAAAAAAAUCUCAGUCUUCACCGAAGAUUAAGACAUCCUGGGAGCAAGCCCUAUCAAUGUUCAUCUUGCCAAAAGAGAUUUUAUGGACUCUCACAACUCAAUAACCACUUGAAAACUCGAUGCGGUAAGAAUCUCGGUAAAAGCUCAGUUUUGCUCAGAAACUGCGGUACAAAACCUUACAAAGAAGAACAAGAAGAGCCAGAAGGACUUGCUGAACCCCCAAAUCUCGAUGGCAUCUUUAAAUCUCAAUGCUUUAUCCGUCUCAGUAAAUGUUCGGUUCCACUAAGAAGCUCAAAUAUCAAGCCUGAAGAAAAACCAGAGGAGUUUGUCGACGCCCCACCGCUCAUUGCCACCUUGAAAUCGCAUUGCCCCGUAAAGCUCCGGAAAUGUUCCGUUCUGCUCAGAGAUGACGAAAUGCUUUUGAUGUUGGCGACAUUCUUGAAUUAAAGGAAAUCAUGAUUUACUUCCAGAACACAUCUAUCUGCCUUGUAUUCUUGGAAGUAUUCUGAAAAAGUCCUUGUGAAUGAUAUACAAUUCAGUUAUCACAAUCAUUAGUUAAGGUAGCUUUAAACUUCUUCCGGUCAAAAGUCCUUUUUACCGGGUCAGUGAACCUUGAACCUGGUUUAGUAAUUGUAUGCAUGGACCUAUUACAAUAGGUCCAAGAUCUAUGUAAACUUAAACUGAGGCUAUUAUUCUCAGGAUAACAUUAAAGAUACAACGAUAAAAGCUUGUAACAACUAACUUUUUCAUGAAACUCACAUUUCAAGAACUGACAAAGCCGUAGCUUAAAGGCCUUAUUCUGUUUAACUGUUUAGGUUCUCAGUAAUUGCAUUUAUUUUUUUUCCUCAUUCUUUCUUAUGUUGGGACUACAUCAAAGUGGAAACAUGUUUAUAAGACAUCAUUUAAACACAUUCAGAAUUGAUGUUGUGUUUCUGCUUCUUCGGGAACUGUGUUUUGGAGGAACAUUGAUCAUAAGUAGAUCAUUGUGUGAUAUUAGGAUCAUUGUUGGUGACUAGUGUUUAAUAAAGAAGUGUGCAACCAUUUUAAACUAGAGUCAGCAAAAGCCUGAUUUUGGCUUAAAAACGUUUACCGCAAGUCAUGAUUGUCCUUGUUGUUUAUACUUAUAGACCCUUUGAAAUGUCUUUUAAUACUCUUUGUUCAUACUAACUUUUAGCUGUAUAUUGAACAGCAUAUCAAAGUUAACAAAUAUUUUCUUUUUACAGGACCACAAAUGAUUGGUCGGCAUCUAAAACUACGCAUGUGGGUCAUUGUGAUCAAAGACACUCUGAUAACUAGAAAGCUCUGUUCAAUAUUCAACCAUUUGACUUAGUAAAGUAGAAAUGAAGUUUGGACUGUUAUGCAAGGAGUUGCAAUUGAUUCAAAUUAGUCUUGAAAAACAAUUGAUCUCAAUUCCUAUCUUUUCUUUUGCAAUUUGAGAUCAAUCUAAGUUUGAGUUACUGACAACAAUCUUAACACAAGUUUUGUCUCACCUGCGAAGCAGAGUGAGACUAUAGGCGCCGCUUUUCCGACGGCGGCGUCAACAUCAAAUCUUAA